GCUGAUAUAGCUGAUAUAUAGAGUGUUCGAAAAGUGUUUGUCAAUCACACAAACCCGCGUCAAACGACUGCUGCCUCGCUAUAAAUAAAACGACAGACCCAUAGCCACCUUAAGGUUGUUACGUACGUAGCACAGCCAAGUGCGAUUUUUUUAGCCAGUCGAUUUGAAUUAGUGCGGUUCUUACUCAAAGUUGGCGUGUUGUUUUAUUUCAGUUGGAAGUAUCAGUUACGAGGAACGAAGAUUUGGAGUGCUGUGACUUAUUUCGGUUUUGGAUUUUUGUGUUGUGGCUUUCUUGGAGGGAAUUAUGGGAGGCAAGAAGAACCACCCUAUACACGUCAAUCAUGACAAAAACUAUUUUACCCCUACGUUUGAGUCGCAGGAGGUGUUGACCCGAAAGGACAAGGACAACACGAUCCAGCUGAAGGACCUAAAAACUACCGGCGAAGUAGCCGACUAUGAUCCUUACUUGUUUAGAUCUGUGGAUCAUCCUACAACAAAUUCAGAGACCCUCCUUCAUCUGCUGAAAGGCAGUUUGGGGACUGGAAUUCUGGCAAUGCCCUUAGCUUUCUACCACUCGGGCUACCUUUUUGGUGUUAUUGCUACCGCCCUUAUUGGAGCCAUUUGCACGUAUUGCAUACACUUGCUCAUCAAAGCUGAAUAUGUUUUAUGCAAAAGAAGACAGCUACCCAGCAUGACAUACCCACAAACCGUCCAAUUCGCGCUUAUGGAUGGGCCACCCUUCCUGCAAAAGUGUGCACCUUAUUCGGGAGCAGUGGUAAACACUUUCCUGCUCACCUACCAGCUAGGAACUUGCUGCGUAUACACAGUCUUCAUAGCUGAUAACGUGAAGCAAGUCGGUGACGAGUACAUCGGUGAGAUGGAUCACAGACUGUAUAUGCUGAUAUUCCUCCUACCUUUAAUUUUAAUCAACUUCAUCAGAAACCUGAAGUUACUGGCACCACUGAUGACGAUCGCCAACAUAAUCACUAUUGGAGGUUUUGGAAUUAUUUUGUACUAUUUGGUUUUGGAGAAUAUCACUUUGGAAGGAAGGGACAUGGUGGGGAAGUUGGAGGAUAUGCCACUGUACUUCGGGACUGUACUGUUUGCUCUCGAAGCCAUAGGUGUGAUAAUGCCUUUGGAAAAUGAAAUGAAAACACCCAAAUCAUUCGGUGGGUCAUUUGGGGUGCUUAAUAUUUCGAUGUUUGCGAUUGUUUUAAUGUACAUUCUCAUGGGUCUCUUUGGAUUUUUGGCAUAUGGUGCAGACACAAAAGCUUCAAUUACACUAAAUGUCGGACAAGGAUACACAGAAUUGAAAGACAAAAUACCUGCAGAUAUCGCUAAGUUGAUGUUAUCUCUUGCCAUAUUUUUUUCUCACGCCCUCCAAAUGUACGUUGCCAUCGACAUCACGUGGACACAAUGGCUGUCCUUGAAACUCCAGAAGAGUUCAAUGCAUAAUUUAUAUGAAUACGGAGUGAGAGCUGCCUUGGUACUCAUCACUUUUUGUUUAGCAGUUGCUGUGCCAGAACUAGAUCUCUUUAUCUCUCUAUUUGGUGCCCUUUGUUUAUCAGCACUUGGCAUCGCUUUCCCGGCCAUUGUGGACCUCAGCACCCAUUGGGAUACCCUUCAUGGUUCCAGAGGUAUCAUGAUAAUAUGCAAAAAUGUAUUUCUGAUAAUAUUUUCCACAUUUGGACUUAUAGUCGGAACAGGCACUAGUCUAAUGAAGAUUAUAGACAAAUUCUUCUCACACUAAUUUUAAAUAAGAUUAAAGAAACGUACCAUUGUGAUUUUCUAUUAAUUAAAAGUGAUAAUUUAUUUAUGCAGAUUUUUGUUAAGAAGUUCAGAUUUCGUAAUAACCUGUAUAUAUUUUUUGUAAAUAUUGUAAUAAAGAAGAGCUUGAUUUUACCACCUAAUUAAAGUAUUUUAGUAUAGAAAUUUGUUAAUUCAAAUUUUAAGUAUUUUUAUAAUAUAAAGUUAUUUGCCAAAUAUAAAUUUUACCGCUGUAUAUUAUCGCUCAAAAAACGUGUUAAAAAGGCUGUUAUUAUAAAAAAGGCAUGCAAAAAUAUAUAGAAUAAUAUAUUUUGUGAGAUAUUUUUAUUCAUACAAUAAUAAAUAUUGUAUGUGAUAUAUCCUAUUAUUUAAUAAAAUUAAUAUACAAAAA